ACAGUGGAAGACAACAGCAGAAUCAUGUUCUCGCUCAGCUUAUUGUUCACCUUCAUUUUACUGAACUCAAACCUGCUGAUAUCAGUGAGUGGUGGACAUGAUGGUCACGGACAUGAUCACGGUGGACAUGAUCAUCAUGGACAUGGUCACGGUGGACAUGAUCAUGGUCACGGUCAUGACUAUGACUACUGUAGGAGGUCCUCUGAAACUGUAACUGCAUGUGAGGGCUCUAUCCUGCGUCUGUCCUGUCCUGGUUCUAAGAUAAGGAUCCUUGCUGCAAACUAUGGCCGUACAGAUAGAAAAACCUGCAUUAAGAAUCGUCCACCACAUCAAAUCAGAAAAACCAACUGCCGUUCAUCCAGCUCUCUGUCCAUAGUGUCAUCAUGGUGUGAUGGACGUCAGAGCUGCAAUGUACCAGCCACCAACAGUGUAUUCUCUGAUCCCUGUUAUGGCACAUACAAGUACCUGAGAGUCAAAUACUGCUGCACACGUCGUAGGAGCUGAUUUUUGUCUUUCUCUGCCAGCGUCUCCCCUACACUGACUUUACCUUUUUAAUAAAUGCUUAAUGCAAA